AAAUAAUUCCAACACGUAUAUAUAUUUCAUUAUUUCAUAAUUCAUUCAUUUAAAAAAAAACUUAUGUACAUUUAUUGUAACAAAAGCAGUUUAAAUACACUUUAAUUUGCAUUGUGUUUAUAUUCACCGAGUGAUUUAUUUGCGUUUAAAUAUGGUUUUGUUAACUAUGAUAGCGAGAAUUCCUGAUGGAUUACCAUUAGCUGCAUCCAUGCAAGAUGACGAACAGGUUGGGAGAAAAUUAAUUGAAUACCAAAAUCAAGCAAAACUUCUGUUUAAAAAAUUAAACUUUCAGUCUCCAAAACAAUGUACGAUUGAAUCUGUACCUUAUUACUUUCACUAUUUAAUUGAAAGAGAUGUUUGUUACUUGGUAUUAUGUGAAAAAAACUUCUCAAAACGUUCUGCAUUCAGUUUUCUGGAAGAUAUUGCAGCUGAAUUUAAUAGACUGUAUGGACGACAAGUAUCAACAGUUUCACGGCCUUACACACUUAUUGAAUUUGAUAACUAUAUUCAAAAAGCAAAGAAAAAUUAUAUAGAUUCUAGAGUACGUAGAAAUUUAAAUUCAUUAAACAAUGAACUUCAAGAUGUACAAAGAAUAAUGGUUCAAAAUAUUGAUGAUGUUUUACAAAGAGGAACUGUUUUAUCAGAACUUGAUACAAAAGCACAAAAUUUAUCUAUAUUAUCAAAAAAAUACAAAAAAGAAGCAACCAAUCUCAACCUUAAAUCAAUGUAUAUAAAACUUACAGUUGCAGCAGUUUUUGUUAUUUUAUUAUUUUUAUAUUUUUACGUUUUAUAAAUAAUAGUUGGUAACUUAUUUAUUACUAAAUAAUUAUAUGGUCGGGGGGAAAUUAUUUUAAAAACUUUUUACCUAUUAUAAUAAAUAAAUAAUAAUCAUCAGAA